AUGUCGUUCGCUCGUCCGCAUAGCCUAAGCGGUACGCUCACGCCGUUUUUGUAUCCCGCCUUUUUGCAGGUGCCACUUGCCUCGGCUGCGCGCAGAUGUCCGCUUCGCAAACGAUUUUCGAUCCAGCUCAGAUGUAACUCUACGUCUGCUGAGCAGCCCGAUGCUCAUCCGAAUGCGCGACUAGACCCCACAGCAGACGAUUAUGCUCUCACGCCUUUUGCCGACCGAUGCAUCCUUACUGUUGAAGCUGGUGCCGGCGGCCACGGCUGUGUCUCAUUCUUGCGCGAGAAAUACAUUGAAGAAGGGCCCGCAAAUGGCGGCGACGGUGGCAGUGGAGGUAAUGUCUACAUACAAGCAGUUCGUGGCGAGACAUCGCUACACAAGCUUGCACGCCGGCGACAGAUCAAGGCUGGUAGAGGGCGCAACGGGCAGGGCAAGGUCAAAGGUGGCGAGCGGGGGACGGACGUCUUGAUCACAGUGCCAGUAGGAACCAUUGUGCGCGAGUUGCAGAGACAUGAUCCAGUUGCCAUCAUGGAGGAGGAGCACUGGAAGAUGGAGCAAGACGAAGACGCGGAAGAGUUGGAGGAGGGGCAGCCAAGCUACAGAAGAGAUCGAUGGCUGGUCUAUCCCGGCACUAUACCCUCGGAGCUGAGCAGGAUCAAGUUCCCUAAGCUCCCUCCGCCACGACGAUCGCAUCUUGCAGCCCUCGAACCGGAAGCGCCUAUGUGGUUGGACCUGGACAAGCAUAUGGAGACGCCUAUGUUGAUUGCGGCAGGAGCGAUGGGCGGGUUGGGCAACCCACACUUUAUGACACCCUUCAACAAUAGGCCCAAGAUGGCUACGCGUGGAGACGAGGGCUUGAAGAUAUCGUUGCAGUUGGAAUUGAAGAUUCUGGCAGAUCUAGGACUGGUAGGGCUACCCAAUGCUGGCAAGAGCACGCUUCUUCGAGCUUUGAGCAAUAGCCGUGCGCGAGUCGGCAACUGGGCCUUUACAACCCUCCAGCCGAAUGUCGGUACUGUCGUUCUGGACGACCACAAGGGGCGACCACUCGUCAGAUCACGCAGACCGAAUGGAGAGCUGCGCGAGAACUUCACCAUCGCAGACGUGCCCGGACUUAUCGAAGACGCGCAUCUAGAUAAAGGACUUGGACUGGGCUUCUUGCGACACAUUGAACGCGCCGCAGUGCUCGCUUUCGUCAUCGACUUGUCUGCUGGCGACUCUGUCGCGGCGCUCAAACUACUCUGGCGUGAAGUGUCCGAGUACGAGACUUUACGCGGCAAGGAGCUGAACGCGGAGACGGAGCGCAGGAUGGUGACAUACAGGCCCGCUGGUACCAGCACGCCCCCAAGUGACGCGUCUGAUCUCAUCGACGCGCCGCAUUUGGACCCGUCGCCAAAGCCUUUGCCCUUCCUAACUAGUACACCGAUCUCGUCGAAGCCUUGGUUUGUUGUCGCGACAAAGGCCGAUUUGCCGGAUACACAGGCUAACUUUAAGGCUCUUCGCAUAUAUCUGGAAGAAGUGAGCAAGGGCGCGCAACCUCAUCCUAGCAACCGCAAGCAUGCAUGGCGGCGCAAUGUACAGGCUGUGCCGAUCAGUGCAAUACAAGGCGAAGGUGUGCAAGUCAUUCCACAAUUGGUUAUGGACUUAUUGGAGGAGUAG